GGAGGCGUUGGAGUCGAUGUACGCACACAACGUACUUUGCAUGCCAAACGGUGUGUGCGUGCUUGUCCAUCCUGCUCGCUCGUACAUUUGUGCGUUGGUACUGACUGAUGAGGCAAAGGUGGUGAACUUUGCGAGGGAGCAGGGUAUUGAAUGCAGUUAUCCUGAUAUUUUGUGUGACCCGGAGUUCCAGCGCAAGGCCACGGAAUCCAUGCAGGCAACGGCGCGGAAGGCGAAUCGGCAGAAGUUCGAGUGUGUGCGUCAUGUUCGUUUUAUUGACGAUGAAUGGACGCCUGAGAAUGGGAUUCUCACCGCGGCCGGUAAGCUAAAGCGCCGCGAAAUUGACAAGCGAUACGCUGACGUCAUUCAGUUACUUUUUGUGGAGGAGUCUUAG